UUGACUCAUUUGAAAAAACGUUUUUUCCAUUGCAACGCCGGAGGGUUCCUCUGGCCGCAAACAAUAAGGAUGAAGAACCUGCUAUGUUUGCUAGUAUUACUGUGCUCUGCUGAAAUACAAAGCUUUGAUAUAUUAGUUGAGGAAUCACCAGAAUCUGCGGAUCUUGGGGAUCUUAUAGAAGAUUUUCGACUGGACUUUGGAGAAAGAAACAGGAGAAGUGUAAGCGAUGAAGAUGCAGAUGAGGCACUUUCCCAGGAUUCUGUCACCCUCUACAGCUACAAAGUGGAAUCCACCAUCACUUCACAUUUUGUUAAUACCAUGAUACGUAGUAAAGUGGUUAACAAUGCUCAAAAUUCACAGAACCUUGUUUUUGAUGUUCAGAUACCUAAAGGAGCAUAUAUCAAUAACUUUACCAUGAAUGUUAACGGCUUCACUUUUAGUGGAUCAAUUAAAGAGAAGACUGAGGCUAAACGCUUAUAUUCCAAGGCCAGAGCAAGAGGCAAGGCAGCCGGAUUAAUGAGGUCCAAAGCCCUUGAUAUGGAAAACUUUAAGGCUGAACUGAACGUGCCUGCAGGAACCAAAGUCCAGUUUGAGAUUCAUUAUCAAGAGGCCCUUCGCCGUAAGCUGGGUGUUUAUGAGCAUAUUCUCUAUCUACAGCCAGGCAGGCUUGCUAAACAUUUUGAGGUAGAUGUCUACAUUGCAGAGCCUGCAGGGAUCAGUUUCGUUAAUGUUCCGAGAACAAUCUCUAGUAGAUUUGGGGAACUGAUUAAGACAACACAAGGGGACACAAAGGCUCAUAUUUCCUUUAAGCCAACUGUAGACGAACAGCGCCAGUGUGAAAACUGCUCCACAACAGCGGUGGAUGGGAGCAUUGUUGUGAAGUACGAUGUUAAAAGGGAAAAAAGUGGUCAGCUCCAGAUUUUCAAUGGAUACUUCCUGCAUUUCUUUGCUCCAGAAAAUCUGGCUCCUCUGCCAAAGAACAUUUUGUUUGUUAUUGACGUCAGUGGAUCUAUGUGGGGUCUGAAGAUGAAACAAACAGUUGAAGCCAUGAAGACAAUUUUGGAAGAUCUUCGUCCCGAUGAUCAAUUCAGUAUUAUUGAUUUCAACCACAACAUUCGAUGCUGGAAAGAUGAGUUGGUUUAUGCUUCUCCUCUUGAAAAAGAUGAUGCUAAAAAAUAUGUGCAGGCAAUCCAGCCCAACGGAGGCACUAACAUUAAUGAUGCUCUCCUCAGAGCUAUAUUUAUACUGAGUGAAGCCAGUAAAAAUGGAAUGAUGGAUCCCAACUCGGUUUCAUUGAUUGUCUUGGUGUCUGACGGAGAUCCUACAGUGGGUGAAUUAAAAUUGUCUAAAAUUCAGAACAACGUUAAAUCUACAAUACAGGAUGAUUUCUCCUUGCACUCACUUGGGAUUGGGUUUGAUGUGGAUUACGAUUUCCUGGAAAGACUUGCCCUGGAGAAUCAUGGUAUGGCUCAGAGGAUUUAUGGAAACCAGGAUACUGCUGUCCAGCUUAAGGAAUUUUACAAUAAGAUCUCGACGCCUCUGCUCAAAAACGUUGUCAUAAAUUACCCACCAGAAUCCGCCACAGAAACUACCCAAAACAGCUUCCACAACUAUUUUAGAGGGGAUGAGAUUGUUGUUGCUGGCAAAAUUGAUCCUGAAAGCGUUUCACAUCUCCAGAGCAUCGUCAGUGCAACAUCAGCUAAUUCACAACUAAUUAUUGAUACACUGACAGAUGUGGAAGAGUUGAAUGAAUUCUUUUCUCAAAAUAAACAUGCCUUCCCAGACUUCGCCAAACAAUACUGGGCACAACUCACUAUAAACCAACUGCUAGCUGAGAGGAGCUUGGCAACUUCUGCUGCUAGGAAAAGAAACAUCACAAAGACGAUCUUGCAGCUGUCUAUUGAUCACCACUUUGUGACCCCAUUCACCUCACUGCUGAUCGAGAGUGAGAACGGAAAUGAAAGGAUGCUUGCAGAUUCGCCCAAAGAUCCCAAAGGCGGCUGCUGCCAGCCUGCCCUGGUUUAUGGCACAAAAGUUAUUCCUCAACUGCGACCUAUAAUACCAAAGUGCCCUUUAUUGGUACCAACAGAACCAUCCCCUAAAGAGGUCAAAGGUUCUGUGGAGGAAAUUAAGUGCCCAUUUAAUGCACCCCCAACUGAUUCAACCACAGAGCCUACAACUCCGCCAAUUGCAAAAAAAAUAGUAACUGACGUUGACGGCGAUCCUCAUUUCAUCAUAAAUGUUCAGAAAAGCCAAACUGAUGUCUGCUUUAAUGUGGAUGCUCAGCCUGGAAAUAUCCUGAGUAUGGUGUCUGAUCCUGUAUUAGGUAUCAAUGUGAAUGGACAAAUUGUUAGAGCUAAAAAGGUUAAAGAUGGAAAACUGAACAGCUAUUUUGGAACAAUUGGAUUGCACUUCAAAGAGCAAAAUCUGAAAAUUGAGAUCAGCACCCAGAAAAUAACAGUAACAGACGGAUCCUACAAGAGCAUUUUGCCUUGGACCGAAUCAGCUAUUAUGUUGAGAGACAGAAUUAAUAUAUCGCUAAAGAAGGAAGGAAAUGUUACAGUCACACUAGAUGGGGAUUUAACGUUUCUGGUUAUUCUGCACCGCGUCUGGAAGAAUCACCCAGUGAAUGUAGACUUCCUUGGUUUUUAUGUUCCUCCUACAAACAAAUUCUCCUCCGCUGUUCACGGCUUAAUAGGCCAGUUCAUGGACCCUCCAGAGGUAAAUAUCCUCAAUAUUAGACCUGGUCCAGAUCCAGAGAAGCCCAUUGCUACCAUGGAUGUAAAAGGGAACAAACUUACUGUUACAAGGGGCAUGCAAAAGUAUUACCACUCUGAUGCCAAGCAAGGAACCAACGUCCAGUGCUGGUUUGUGCACAACAGCGGGAAAGGUUUUAUCGACGGACAUUACAAAGACUACAUUGUUCCAAAACUAUUCAGUGUUUUCGAACGCCCUUGAAGAGCAGACUUUAAAAUUUGUGAUUUUUAAAAAAUAAUCUAUUUUAUUAUAUUUGUUUUUCUUUUUUGGCAAAUAUUUCUGUCUGUACUCCUGUUUAGAGAAAUGGUUAAACCUUCAACAAGUAUGGAAUAACGGGUUGCAUAAUAUAAGAACUUCCAUGUUUCAAAUUGAAAUGGCAAAAUGUUGCAUUUAGUCCAGUUGUGUGAGUGGUAUAUAUGUGUCUUACAGAAACAAGUUAACAAGAUUAGUUCAGCUUUUCUUUAAUAUUGUACACAUUGUCAAGAUAUCAGUUCUUUUCACUUAAUAAACUAUAACAAAUGUAA